CGUCGGUCAAGAAAAGUUUGUUUGAGUUUUCGUGAAGAUGUGUGUUUCAUCAGUUGAAUUCGAUUCCGUUUGCUCUUUGGUUUCCACCAUAUUUUCUGUCGUAUGUAUGUCUUAGCAGGAUUACGGGUUUGCGUGCACUUGAUUUCUGGAGCGCAUUGCAAAAAAUGGCGGCAGAAAUGAAGUAUUUGGAAAUCGGUGGUGGCCGAACCGCCAUCACUGCGUCGUCAAGCAGUUAUGAGCCACAAGCGAGAACGAGCAGCACGGCAUGCUCGACGCAGCCACACCGUAAGGAUAAAAGUGAAGAUUCAAACAGCGCAAUGAUUGGCAAUCACAAUGGCUGUUCCAGAACCUCUUCGAGCGCAGAGUUCGAACUGUCGACCCUCGGCACUGAGCGAGCUUCUCGAUCGUUUUCUGACGCUCAUCGCCGCGGCAGGAUAAAAAGGAGGCAAAAAAGUUGUGCCGCAUCACGAAAAGCGCGGCGGCGCAGGCCAAGGCGGAGACCGGGGAUAGAAAUUUCAGAUGGAAACAACCACUACAUCCGUGUGACUUCCUCCUCCUCGCCCCCACCUACCGCGACGACCAGAAACAAGACGCUGUGGCAGCGGACCUUCGCACUGUGUGCCUUGCUGCACCAGGUGAGCAACGCGCCAGGAGGUACUAUUUCGUUGGUGAACGCGCAGGGCCUGCUGCAGCACGCUAUGUGCCUGGACGAGCCCUUCGAGCCGCGGGCGGGGAAUGCGACGCCUCGGCAGGUGGUGGAGCGGUGCGCCAAGUUGCUGGUAAUGGACAAUGAGUAUAACUACGAAGACCCCGAGGUGCAGUACUGCAGCGGCGUCGUGCAGCUGUGGGCCGACCACGGCAUGGCCCGGCGCGACCAGUGCUUCGUCGACUUCUGCUACCACCAGGUUUGCCUCAUGUCGCUCAUCUUCUACGCCCUGUACUUCUUCCGCGUGGACGAGAUCAACGAGGACAUGUCGCUGUGCAGCCAGUCGUUCCUGCCCUUCGUCGCCGCGGUGGCGCUGAUCCACGACAUGGGCGCGCACAUCAAGACCCGGAAGGUCGCGCGGGAGCAAAACCUGCCGGAGGACCAAGUGCCCAAGAUCUCGGGGCAGGAAAUCACGGGCGAGGAGAGUCGCGAGCUGCUGCAGGAGUUCUACCUACCCGAGGAGGAGUGGUCGGUCACGCACGUGGACAUUCGCGAUAUGCUCGACAGCCGCAAGGCCACCUGUCAGCGCCUGCGCCAGCGCCAAAUGCGCGCGCAGCAACUCGUGUACGCAGAGAAGUUCGCGCUCAGUGCCGUCGGGAGCAGGAGGUCUAGUAGUCCCGCGGCGGGGGGGAAGAUAGUUGGAGGUAAAGCAGAAGAUAAGCUGCAACAUCAGCUGAGCCUCGCCGGGACCACCGGCCCGAAUCAGUCGCCAUUGCAGGCGAUCAUGUCGGCGCAACAUCCGCUAAAGAUACCGGAACACGAUGCCGCGCAGCGCGUGGCGCACUACGAGUGGAUGCAGUGGGAUGGCACCAACGCCAAUCCGGACGUCACGCUAAAGUACCGACGGCCGCGCAGCGAUACGCCACCACCUUUGAAGGUCGGAAUCUUACUCGGGGUGUCGAAUGCCGAGGAGGUGCUGAAGCGGUAUCAGCCGAUCAUCAAUCUGUGGCGCUGCUACGCGAACUACCACCAAAUCGAGUUUGUCACGCCAACAGACGACUACAACUUGAAGGCACAUUUUCGCGCCGCAAACUGGUUUCGGUGGUAUUCUUGAUCCGAGGAUCUUGUUUCGUACAAAAGGUCUCGUCGCGGAGUUGUCGUUUUCCUUGGAUGCGUUGUACUAGGGCCGAAAAAUAUAGUGGCAAACUGUGAGUGUGUGGACUUGGAGCGCUGUUCUUUCGGUAAACUUUUGAAAAAAAGUUUAAAUAAAGUUCUGGCUGUACAAAUUGUGUCAAGAAGCAGUUUCUCCAUUAAAUUUCAGGUACAUGGCCGAUCAGUUUCUGGAGCAGUAUGAUUGGCUGAUUCUGGUCGACCCUGACCAGUACAUUGUCCCGGAGUGCUGGGGUCCGGACCGGUUUUCUUUUCUCUUCGACAUUCUGCUAAAAACCGACAAGCACAUUGUGAUGCGGGACAUUUUCCCGCCCCAGACGCUGAACAACGGCGUCACCAUGCUGCGCAACAGCCCGCAGGGCCGGGCGUUCCUGAAUUUGCUGCUCGAAAAGAUCAGCUGGAUCCAAACCUUCCAGCACGACCAGGGCGCGUUCGAUGAAACCGUGCUGGAAGUUGUCGGUGUGGUCGAACGAGCGCUGGCCCGAGCUGCGGCAGAAAUCGACGCCGCUGCAGCGACGAUUUCUCCAGCAGACGGUGACAGCAGUAUGAAAAACGGUGGAGACGUCGAAACAAACAGCACGGAAGAUGAUAGCAACUCAUCAGAGUUUGUCCCCUUCGCAAAACUGCCUGACGUCGACCCCUGGUUUCGCGGGAACGAUUUGCGUAGCUUCGACCCCAACUUUUACGACAGCAUCUGCAUGCCCUGGCUGUUCCCGGACUCCAACGGCGCCCACCAGAUCGCGGCCUACUCCAUGUGCUGGUGGCAAAACCUCAAAGAAUUCGCGGGUAAGUACUUACUAGCAAAAUGUUGACUUUGCUUUUUCUGCUGUUGUGGUUGGGCAUGCAGAUUGAUACAUCUGCUUCUCGCUGCAGGCAAUGCAUGAACGCUGAACUCCUGAGCAGGAGAAUAUUGUAAACGGAAAAUAAGAGGAAGAUGAUUAUCAUCAUAUAUUUUAAGAACGAACGAAUGAAUCGACACGGGGACAGAGAACGUUCAACAACAAUCCAGGGCCGUCUGGCAACCGAAGUAGCAAAAUUGUGGAAUUCAUCGAUCCCCGGUACGUUGAUAUGAAUCACGUGGUCGGGUGGCGACGUCUCGAGGAGCCGGCGCUCCUGUACCACUUUGCGGGGCCGGGGAAGAACUUCGAUGACAUUCUGGAGAACUUUGGCCUGGAGCGCCACGUGACGGCGGACUGUCGCCGCGUCCACGAUUUUGUCGAGACGAAAAUGGCGGAAAAAACCUGCGUCGCCGGCAAUCAGGCGGUGAACGAUAUCCACCGGUUCUGUCCACCGCCUCUAGUGGUCUGCUAGGUGCUGCGCAUGACGAGGACACAAAGAAAUGUAACAGCACCUCUCGAGGAUUACGAUUCACUCGAAACUGCACACCAAAGAAGUGAAGAAAAGCUUGUAUGAUCUAUCAGUAUUUUUAGAAUACUAUUCUACUUGCCUGCGCACCCGCACGUUGCGCCGCGCGCUCUCAGCUGGAAAUCGACUAGAAGAAAUGAUACUUGCAAUGAUCAUCGAAGCGGAGCAAAAACGAAACUCCGAGAUCGAUGAUCAUUAUGAUCGACGAAAGUACCACCUAACGACCACUCAAAAGUAGGUCACCGAG